UAAUACACUUUAUAAUACAAAAUCUAUAACUAAUAUAACCAUUAUAAAAAUGAAAAGGAAUUACUGUUGCUUAUGAACAAUAGUAUGUGGUGUUAUUACAUGGACACCCUUGAAUUUAAUGGAUUUCUGAAAUUGCCCUUUUUUGCCAAAUGCAUUUUGUAUAACAGCUGUAAUUGAGAGUACAAAUCUUUCUUCAGGUCUUUCUUUAACUGGCAGCUAAGGUAGCCUAUUCCUUAUAGGAUUCGCUUUUGAUUUUGGGGCUUUUGUUGGUUUUGGUCGAGCUGGUUUUGUUUGAGUCUUCUAUUUUGGUGGAUGAUGAGGUUUGGAAGGGAAUUGUCUUUGACUGACGUUCUGUCUGAGAAUGGCUGGUGCAAAGAGAAAGAAUACUAAAGCAGACAAGUUUAUUUCUCCUAGGGAAUAUUGUGCUUAUAAGCUGCAAAUUCGGCCUAAUAACAUGUUACUACGAGCAGGUAGAUGCUUUCAGCAAUACAUAGUCGAUAUGUAUGUAAAGAUUGAAAAUACGAGGCUUGGUUACUUUCAAAACAAUCAGGAAAUAAUAAGAGCUGAUCUAUAAAAAGAUUCUAAACGGUCAAGAACUCAGCUAACUGAAUUUUUUACACUGAAUGCUGCUUCUGAAGAUGGACUAGGAUACUUGUAUGGUGAAUUUGGUGAGCAUUUCACAUGAGAUUAGAGUGCUAAAGAAUAGAAUCAAAGAGUUCAGAACAGGAUUUCAGUUAGGAGAUUAGCAUUCGUCUUCCUUGCAGAGGGUGAACGGUUCUUCCUUAGACUGUUAUUGCUAAAUGUGAGAAAUCCUAAGUCAUUUGAAGAUUUGCAAAUUGUCAAUGGUUGUCUUUAUCCGACUUUUCAGGGAGCUGCUAUAAAGCUUGGACUUAUAGAAGAUGAUGAUGCAGCUAAUUUAACAUUGUCUGAAGCCUGUGCGACUCAUAUUCCUGCUGCCUUACGCCUUUUUUUUGCAACAGUUCUUAUGUUUUGUCAACCAAGUGAUCCUGGUGCUUUAUGGGUUAACUAUUUUACCCUUUUCUUGUUGAAGAAUUUCUCACAAAUUUCCAAAUCACCUGCUCAAAGUGCAACAACUUACUGUCAGAGCAGUAGAGUAGCACCUUGAAGCCAUGGGAAAAUCUCUUGUUUUUUUUUGGGGCUAGACCUUUUAAAUUCCCAGGUUAAUGAUGAGUUCAGACGUACAAAAGACAUUCUAGAUGCCCUUGGUGCACCAAUCCCAGAGGAAUGCUUAAGUUGUCGUUCUAAGCUGAACUCUGCAUAGAAUGCUGCUUUUGUGUGUAUAAUGGAACAUGUCAUGCAGCAAAAGGGCAGAGCUUAUUUUUUAUUGAUGGCCCCGGAGGUACAGGAAAAACUUUCCUGUAUAAUGCUUUAUAUGCAGAUUACGACUAAUGAACAAGAUUGUUUUACCUACAGCUACAUCAGGAAUUGCUGCAGCAAACAUUCCUUCGGGUAGAACUUCUCAUUCAUGAUUUAAAAUUCCAAUAGACAGUGAAGCUUCUUUAGCUUGCAUGUUCCAAAACAGGGUAAUUUAGCAGCAAUGUUAAGGAAAAUUACAUUGAUAAUAUGGGACAAGGCUUCAAUGACUAUGAAGCAAAAUCUUAAAUCUUCAAAUCUUUUGUUACAGGAUAUAUAUGGGAAUAUUAUGACAUUUGGAGGAAAGGUUAUUGUUUUUGGAGGGGAUUUCAGGCAGGUUUUACUAGUGGUUCCUCAGAAUACUAUGAAGGAAGCAGUAGAAACAAGCAUUGUUACUUCUAAUCUGUGGCCAAAGUUCAUCAAAUUUAGGUUGACAGAAAACAUUAGAGCAAGAGAAGAUCACGUGUAUUCUGCUUUUCUGCUUGAUUUGGGCAAUGGAAAACUACUAGAAACAGAAAAUGCCUUUAUCGAGUUACCAGAAGAGAUUGUACAGUGCACCAACAAUUUAACAGAAUUAGUAGCUACCAUUAUAGAAAAAACAUUUUCAGAAGUUGUUCAAGGGCAGUUUGAUUGUCAGGUUUUCACCAGAAAAGCAAUUUUGAAACCCAUGAAUGAAGAUGUGGAUUCUAUUAACACAUUCAUGAUUGAGAAAUUUCCUGGACAAGCUGUUACAUACAAGAGUUUUGAUGCCAUGCUGAAUGAUACAUGUAGUAUAUAUCCUACAUAAUUUAUCAACAAACUAUGUCCCGGUGGAAUGAGUCCUCAUGAGCUUGUCUUGAAGGAAAGUUGUCCUGUUAUACUGUUAAGAAAUUUGCUCCCUUCUUCAGGUUUAUGCAAUGGCACAAGGCUAAUUUGUAAGAAAUUUUUCCCAAAUAUCAUUCAGUGUGUUAUAUCAGUUGGCUAUUAUAAAGGAGAAGAGGUAUUCAUACACAGAGUCAACUUAAGACCUUCUACCUCUGUCAACUAUCCAUUUUUGUUUGAAAGGAAACAAUUCCCAAUCAAGUUAAGCAUUGCAAUGACAAUCAACAAGUCUCAAGGGCAAAUUAUUAGCCAAAUAUCCAUUCAUCUUCCACGGCCAUGCUUUUCACAUGGACAACUUUACGUUGCAUUAUCACGGGCCAAGAAAGAAAAAGAUGUCUGUGUUUUUACAACAAAAGCUACAAACCAGUGUUUUGCAAAUGCUGUUAAGAAUGUAGUGUCUUAUGAGCUUUUACGGCUAGCAGGUAUCAUUGAAAAUGAUACAGAGCAGUGCAGCUAAUCAAUUAACUUGGUAAAGCCUAAGGCAAAUGCAUAAAACUUGCUGUUAGUAAAUCUUUACAGGUAGGUUAGGAUUAUUGAAUGACAGAUAGCGUAAAACUGUGAUGAACUCAUUGUUAGAGUUUUGCUCUUCCUAGUAAACAGGC